AUGAUCUCAGUGGAUGAGUCCAACCGAGCUGCUAUCGAUGGCCUGGUUACUCCGGUUAUGGGUGCAGGUGACCGAGCCUUCGCAAUUUACCAGCCUUUGGUCUCUGGUUCAGGCUUUGGUGUAACCACCCCCAACUCAGAUCUGACUGCAGUAUUUGCUUCGGAACUGGCUUCCCAGGAGGAACUAGCCCUACUUCUUUCUAGUAUUCGUGACCAUCGGUUGGCCCAGUUGACGCGACCUCGUGUCAUCUUUUCUACAAACCGUGACGGUGUCAGUCUUGCAACACUAUUUGAGUGUGCUCGCCAGCGCUCACCCUCGGCCGAGACUCUUUUACUCGUCCUUUCUGUAUCCGGUCGCAGUCUGAUAGGCGCUUUCUGCACCGACGCCUGGUUCAGCAUGGCCUGCACAGGUAGCUACUUCGGUCGCGGUGGAUGUUUUCUGUUUCGCCUGAGACCAGGGCCCGCUUGCAUCUAUCCCUGGUGCGGCGAUGCCCGACGACCUGCCUGCAAUCGGUUUCAACGUCGCCCACCGACUGAUUCGACAUCUGGUCUAGAGAUUGGCGGAGGGCUUGGAAGUGGCCCCGCCGGCCUGGCUAUUGAUGCAAAUUUAUCCACGGGCUUUAGCGGGCCUACGGAGACUUUUUCUAGCGAUUGCCUCAUCACUGCAUCUGAGGACAGACUCGAUAUGAGUGACUCCCAACUGGCCCCCAUGGAUUCGACUGCCUGUCGUUUUCUCAUUUCUGCCGUAGAACUGAUUGGAUUCGAGGAGAUAUGA